AUGGCAGACGACUUCGCAGCCAACUCUGUACCAGGCGUCAGCACAGACGAUUUGUCAAGAGGCAACAUGCUGCCAGCAAUUCAGAACGUGGCAACUGCGAAGAGUAUCUUCAGGCUCCCUGACAGUGAUAACAACGACUGCAUCCAGCCUUAUGCUAUUGAAUAUCAAGAUGGCGGUGAUGAUGAUCACGAUGACAAGUCUACAAAACAUGAUAACAACACCUGCAUCCAACCGUACGCCGUCGGAUAUCAAGAGAAAGAGGAUAAUUACGCUGAAAAAUCAUCAACAUUUCAGACCAGCCCUACUGAUGUGUCUCCCCCUGCUGUGGUUGAACCGGAGGAGUCGCCCCCUCAGCCGGCAGAUGUCGCCUCCCGCCCGCCGGACCCGCUGUACGUCAGGUGGGCAGGGCAGAGGUUCUGGUGCACCAAACGGAUCCUCGACUGGCAGAGACAGGCACUGCGUGCGCGGGAGGACCCAGAUGCGGCCCUGAAGCCGGUCAGAGAAUACGGCGAGGAGUCGGCUGUCUUACAAAACGCUGAAAACGUCGAGAUAGGAUUGGAAGGACACUACGAGAACGACAAAGAACUUGGACAUUACGAGAACGACAAAGAACAACGACAUUACGAGAACGACAAAGAACAACGACAUUACGAGAACGACAAACAGAAAGAACAACGACAUUACGAGAACGACAAAGAACAUCGAAAAUACGAGAACGACAAAGAACAACGACAUUACGAGAACGACAAACAGAAAGUACAACGACAUUACGAGAACGACAAAGAACAUCGACACUACGAGAACGACAAAGAACAACGACAUUACGAGAACGACAAACAGAAAGAACAACGACAUUACGAGAACGACAAAAAACAACGACAUUACGAGAACGACAAAGAACAACGACACUACGAGAACGACAAAGAACAACGACAUUACCAGAACGACGAGGAACACUCGAACUUGUCAACCCACGUUUAUGCCGAUUUAGACCCCGACUUUCUGGCAGCACAAGAUGCGAUCCAAAAUGUCACAGCUCAGCCGUUCUAUGAGAUGGACGUCGCCCCUGCGGAUGAAGAGCAAGAACAACCGUUUUACAAGAUGGACGUUACCGCUGCAAAAGACACGGAGAAACAGGAACAGCCCUUCUACGAGAUGAAAGCCGCAUCAACGGAUGAAAACGAACAGGUUCGGAACACAAAAGUGACCGAGACUUUGGCAGUUGAAGACCGCACGGUGGAAACUCUGGCCGCCACAAGUCAAGAAAAAAUGGAGAAGAAACCGCCCGGCUUACUACAGACGGAGAGUCUGGAGAACACAGGGGUGUCGAUACAGGCGGGUUCAACACCUGAAGAGGAAUUAGAGAGACUUUAUGAAAGUAGGAAGACAACGGGUACGUAA